GCGGGCGGGGGCCGGGCCGUGCAGAGCCGCGCACCGCGCUCCUGUCAGCCCGCACGGCACCUCAGGGGCCGCGCUCAGCCCCCCGCCCGCCCGCCUCAGCUCCCAGCCUCAUCACGGAUCGCUGUCAUUUGCUUUGAUUUUAUUUUUAAUUUUUUUUUAAAUUUUUUUUUUUUUUUCACCUCGAAGGGGAGGAGCGCGGAACCCAGCUGGAAAAUGAACCAGAAUGUCUGAGAAAAUGUCCAGCUUUCUGUACAUCGGGGACAUCGUGUCCCUGUACGCGGAGGGCUCCGUCAAUGGCUUCAUCAGCACGCUGGGGUUGGUGGAUGACCGGUGUGUGGUGCAGCCAGAGGCAGGUGACCUUGCUAAUCCUCCAAAGAAGUUCCGAGACUGCCUUUUCAAGGUGUGUCCUAUGAACAGAUAUUCAGCCCAGAAGCAGUACUGGAAAGCCAAGCAAGCCAAACAAGGAAACCAUACUGAAGCAGCACUGCUGAAGAAACUUCAACAUGCAGCAGAACUGGAACAGAAGCAGAAUGAAAGUGAAAACAGAAAGCUGUUGGGUGAAAUUGUAAAAUACAGCAACGUCAUCCAGCUACUGCACAUAAAAAGCAACAAAUACCUCACAGUCAACAAGAGAUUGCCAGCUCUGCUGGAGAAGAAUGCCAUGCGGGUGUCCCUGGAUGCUGCAGGGAAUGAGGGCUCCUGGUUUUACAUCCAGCCAUUCUGGAAACUGAGGAGUGAAGGUGACAAUGUUGUGGUGGGAGAUAAAGUUGUUCUCAUGCCAGUCAAUGCAGGACAGCCUCUGCAUGCCAGCAACAUUGAGCUUCUAGAUAACCCUGGCUGCAAAGAGGUAAAUGCUGUCAACUGUAACACAAGCUGGAAAAUAACUUUGUUCAUGAAAUUCAGUAGUUACCGAGAUGAUGUACUGAAAGGAGGAGAUGUUGUGAGGUUGUUUCAUGCAGAGCAAGAGAAGUUUCUGACCUGUGAUGAAUAUGAGAAGAAGCAACACAUUUUCCUCCGCACUACGUUACGUCAGUCGGCCACGUCUGCAACAAGUUCUAAAGCACUGUGGGAAAUAGAGGUUGUCCACCAUGACCCUUGCCGGGGAGGGGCAGGACAGUGGAACAGCUUGUUUAGAUUUAAGCAUUUGGCAACUGGAAACUACUUGGCUGCAGAGCUUAACCCACACUACCCAGAAGGUAAUAAUGAAGGCAAAGCUUUGCAGAGAGACGGCGACCUUCCUGCUUCAAAGAAGAAACGCCAGGCAGGGGAGAAGAUUAUGUACACUUUGGUCUCUGUGCCACAUGGAAAUGACAUUGCAUCUCUCUUUGAACUGGAUGCCACCACCCUUCAGAGAGCUGAUUGCCUGGUUCCAAGGAACUCCUAUGUCCGACUGAGGCACUUGUGCACCAACACUUGGGUCACCAGCACCAGCAUCCCCAUAGACACUGAGGAAGAGAGGCCUGUGAUGUUAAAGAUUGGGACAUGCCAAACCAAAGAGGACAAGGAGGCUUUUGCCAUUGUAUCUGUUCCUCUGUCUGAGGUCAGAGACUUGGACUUCGCCAACGACGCCAACAAGGUUUUGGCAUCAACUGUUAAAAAGCUGGAGAAUGGAACAAUAACCCAGAAUGAAAGGAGGUUUGUAACCAAGCUGCUGGAAGAUCUCAUUUUCUUUGUUGCUGAUGUGCCCAAUAAUGGGCAAGAAGUUUUGGAUGUGAUUGUUACCAAGCCAAACAGGGAACGACAGAAAUUAAUGAGGGAGCAAAAUAUAUUGGCUCAGAUAUUUGGCAUCCUCAAAGCUCCUUUUAAGGACAAAGGUGAAGGAUCAAUGCUGAGACUUGAAGACCUGGGUGACCAGAGAUAUGCUCCCUACAAAUACAUGUUAAGGUUAUGCUACAGAGUUCUAAGACACUCCCAACAGGACUACAGGAAGAACCAGGAAUAUAUUGCUAAGAACUUCUGUGUCAUGCAGUCUCAGAUUGGUUAUGAUAUUCUGGCAGAAGACACCAUCACAGCUUUGUUGCACAACAACAGAAAACUGCUAGAGAAACACAUCACAGCUAAAGAAAUAGAGACAUUCGUGAAUUUACUCAGGAGAAAUCGAGAGCCCAGAUUCUUGGAUUAUCUAUCAGACCUGUGUGUCUCUAACACCACAGCAAUUCCAGUAACUCAGGAACUCAUCUGCAAGUUUAUGCUGAGCCCAGGGAAUGCUGACAUUCUCAUCCAGACAAAGCUGGUUUCAACCCAAAUGGACAAUCCCUUGGAAUGCCCAGUCAUCUCAGAUGACAUUGAUGAAGAGGAAGUGUGGCUUUACUGGAUUGACAGCAACAAGGAGCCUCAUGGCAAAGCCAUCAGGCAUCUGGCUCAGGAGGCAAAGGAGGGCACAAAAGCUGAUUUGGAAGUUCUUACCUACUACAGGUACCAGCUGAACCUCUUUGCAAGGAUGUGCCUGGACCGCCAGUACCUCGCCAUCAACCAGAUUUCUGCCCAGCUGUCAGUAGACUUGAUCCUCAGGUGCAUGUCUGAUGAAAGCCUCCCCUAUGACCUGCGGGCUUCCUUCUGCCGCCUGAUGCUGCACAUGCACGUGGACAGGGAUCCCCAGGAGUCCGUGGUGCCUGUCAAGUAUGCCAGACUGUGGACUGAAAUUCCCACCAAGAUCACCAUUCAUGAGUAUGAUUCCUUCACUGACUCUUCAAGGAAUGAAAUGAAGACAAAGUUUGCACUAACAAUGGAAUUUGUAGAAGAGUACUUGAAAGAAGUUGUGAAUCAACCCUUUCCAUUUGGAGACAAAGAGAAAAAUAAACUUACGUUUGAGGUGGUCCAUCUGGCUCGAAACCUCAUAUACUUUGGCUUUUACAGUUUUAGUGAGCUUCUCAGACUGACCCGGACGCUGCUGGCGAUUCUGGAUAUUGUUCAAGUUCCCAUUUCGUCGUACUUCGAAAGGCUGAGCAAGUUUCAGGAUGGAGGGAACAACGUCAUGAGGACCAUCCAUGGGGUAGGAGAGAUGAUGACCCAAAUGGUGCUGAGCAGAGGGUCUGUGUUUCCCAUCAGUACCCCUGACAUACAGCCAAGCAUUCACCCAAGCAAGCAAGCCAGCACUGCAGACAGUGAAGAUGUGAUUGUAAUGGACACCAAAUUGAAAAUCAUUGAGAUUCUGCAGUUUAUUCUCAGUGUUAGACUGGACUACAGAAUAUCCUACAUGCUGUCUAUCUAUAAAAGAGAGUUUGGAGAAAACACUGAAAAUGUUGACUGCUCUACAUCAUCCCCACCUGACACACCAGGGACCGCCUCAGCAAUUGUUCCUGACAUAGAUGAAAUUGCAGCUCAGGCUGAAACCAUGUUUGCUGGCAGAAAGGAGAAGAAUGCAGUUCAGCUUGAUGAUGAAGGGGGCAGAACCUUUUUACGGGUCCUCAUUCACCUCAUUAUGCACGACUACCCUCCGCUGCUCUCAGGGGCCCUGCACCUGCUGUUCAAGCACUUCAGCCAGAGAGCAGAAGUUCUGCAAGCAUUCAAACAGGUUCAGUUGCUGGUGUCCAAUCAAGAUGUGGAUAACUACAAGCAAAUCAAGGCUGAUCUUGACCAGCUACGUCUGACUGUAGAGAAAUCUGAAUUGUGGGUUGAGAAGAGCAGCAAUUAUGAGAGUGGAGAGGUGGGUGACAAUCAAACCAAAGGGGGAGAAGAGCCAAUGGAGGAAUCAAACAUUUUGAGCCCAAUACAGGAUGGGACCAAAAAACCCCAGAUAGACAGCAUUAAAAGCAAUAACUACAAUAUUGUUAAAGAGAUUUUGAUUCGACUCAGCAAACUUUGUGUUCAGAAUAAAAAAUGUCGGAAUCAACAGCAGCGUUUACUGAAAAAUAUGGGAGCCCACUUGGUAGUCUUGGACCUUCUGCAGAUCCCCUAUGAAAAGAGUGAUGAAAAGAUGAAUGAAGUUAUGAAUCUAGCCCACACUUUUCUUCAGAAUUUCUGUCGAGGAAAUCCUCAGAAUCAAGUUCUCCUCCACAAAAAUCUCAACUUGUUCUUAACUCCAGGGCUGCUGGAAGCUGAGACCAUGAGGCACAUCUUCAUGAAUAAUUACCUCCUGUGCAAUGAGAUCAGUGAGAGGGUGGUGCAGCACUUUGUGCACUGCAUCGAGACCCACGGCCGGCACGUGGAGUACCUGCGGUUCCUGCAGACCAUCGUGAAAGCAGAUGGCAAAUAUGUGAAAAAGUGCCAGGACAUGGUAAUGACAGAGCUGAUAAAUGGUGGUGAAGACGUGCUGAUAUUCUACAACGACAGAGCCUCCUUCCCAGUGCUGCUCCAGAUGAUGUGCUCGGAGCGCGACCGCGCCGACGAGAGCGGGCCCUUGGCGUACCACAUCACCCUGGUGGAGCUGCUGGCUGCCUGCACAGAGGGCAAGAAUGUCUACACAGAGAUCAAGUGCAACUCACUGCUGCCCCUGGAUGAUAUUGUGAGGGUAGUGACCCAUGAUGACUGCAUUCCUGAGGUGAAAAUUGCCUAUGUUAAUUUUGUUAACCACUGUUAUGUGGACACUGAAGUGGAAAUGAAAGAAAUCUAUGCCAGUAAUCAUAUCUGGAAACUUUUUGAGAACUUCCUUGUUGACAUGGCAAGGGUUUGUAACACAACCACGGAUCGUAAACACGCAGACACAUCUCUGGAGAAAUAUGUCACUGAGCCUGUCAUGAGCAUUGUGAGUGGCUUCUUCAAUUCACCAUUUUCAGAUAACAGCACCAGCCUCCAGACACACCAACCUGUUUUUAUUCAGCUGCUGCAGUCUGCUUUUAGAAUUUACAACUGCACCUGGCCAAACCCAACACAGAAAGCCUCAGUGGAGUCCUGUAUCAAGACUUUGGCUGAAGUGGCCAAGAACCGCGGGAUCGCGAUUCCGGUGGAUUUGGACAGCCAGGUGAACACCCUGUUCAUGAAGAGUCACUCCAACAUGGUGCAGAGGGCAGCCAUGGGCUGGAGGAUGUCAGCCCGCAGCGGACCUCGCUUCAAAGAAGCUCUUGGUGGGCCUGCCUGGGAUUACAGGAAUAUCAUAGAGAAGCUCCAGGACGUGGUGUCCUCCCUGGAGCAGCAGUUCACACCCAUGAUGCAAGCUGAAUUCUCAGUGCUGGUUGAUGUGCUGCACAGCCCAGAGCUCCUGUUCCCUGAGGGCAGUGAUGCCAGAAUAAGAUGUGGUGCUUUCAUGUCCAAGUUGAUUAAUCACACAAAGAAGCUAAUGGAGAAAGAAGAAAAGCUCUGCAUUAAAAUCCUUCAAACUUUACGAGAAAUGCUUGACAAGAAAACCAACUUUGCAGAAGAGGGCAACACUUUAAGGAAAAUCCUCCUGCAUCGGUACUUUAAAGGGGAAUAUGGAAGUGGUAUGAAUGGGCCCCUGUCUGCCAGCUACAGCAAAACUGCACAAGUGGGAGGUGGAUUUUCAGGACAAGAUGCAGAUAAAUCUGGGGUGACCAUGUUUGAUAUCCAGUGCCUCCUGGACAAGGAAGGGGCCUCAGAACUGGUCAUAGAUGUGAUAGUGAACACCAGAAAUGACAGGAUUUUCUCAGAAGGCAUUCUGCUUGGUAUUGCACUGCUUGAGGGUGGAAAUACACAAACACAGUAUUCGACUUACCAGCAGCUGAGGGAGCAGAAAAAGUCAGAGAGGUUCUUUAAAGUGCUGUAUGAUCGCAUGAAAGCUGCUCAGCAGGAGAUCAGAUCCACUGUGACAGUGAACACUAUUGACCUGGGGAGCAAGAAGAAGGAGGAUGACAGUGACCUCACCAUUGCUGCUCCCAAAAAGAGAGUUAAGGAUUCAACUCUGCAUCUGAAAGAGGGAAUGAAAGGACAGUUAACAGAAGCAUCUUCUGCAACCUCCAAGGCUUACUCUGUGUACAGAAGAGAAAUGGACCCAGAAAUAGAUCUGAUGGGCUCGGGAGCAGAUGCUGCAAAUGCAGAAGAGAAGUCUGCAGAAGAAGCAAUCAUGAGCCCUGCCAUUGCAAUCAUGCAGCCAAUACUGAGAUUUCUUCAGCUGCUGUGUGAGAACCACAACCGAGAGCUCCAGAAUUUUUUAAGACAUCAAAACAAUAAAACAAAUUACAACCUCGUUUGUGAGACCCUUCAGUUUUUGGACUGCAUCUGUGGGAGCACCACAGGUGGGCUGGGCUUGCUGGGGCUUUACAUCAACGAGAGGAACGUGACUCUUGUCAACCAGACCCUGGAAAGCUUGACAGAAUAUUGCCAGGGCCCAUGCCAUGAAAACCAGACAUGCAUAGCCACCCAUGAGUCUAAUGGGAUUGAUAUUAUAAUUGCUCUCAUCUUGAAUGACAUAAACCCUCUUGGCAAAUACUGCAUGGACCUGGUGCUUCAGCUCAAGAACAAUGCCUCCAAGCUUUUGCUGGCUAUUAUGGAAAGCAGGCAAGACAGUGAGAACGCGGAAAGAAUCCUUUUCAACAUGAGACCAAGAGAACUGGUGGAUGUGAUGAAGAAUGCCUACAACCAAGGUCUGGAAUGCGACCACGAGGAGGAGAAUGGAGAUGAUGGCAUCUCCCCAAAAGAUGUUGGCCAUAAUAUCUAUAUUUUGGCACAUCAGCUGGCUUGUCACAAUAAAACAUUGCAACAGAUGCUGAAGCCAGGGUCAGAUCCAGAUGAAGGAGAUGAAGCCCUGAGGUUUUAUGCCAAACAUACGGCACAGAUAGAGAUUGUUCGCCACGAUAGAACAAUGGAGAAGAUUGUCUUUCCUGUCCCCAAUAUUUGUGAAUUCCUCACUCGGGAAUCCAAAAGUCGAGUAUUCAAUACAACAGAGAGAGAUGAGCAAGGCAGCAAAGUCAAUGACUUUUUCCAGCAGACUGAGGAUCUGUACAAUGAGAUGAAAUGGCAAAAGAAAAUUAGGAAUAAUCCAGCCCUGUUUUGGUUCUCCAGACACAUCUCUCUCUGGGGGAGCAUUUCCUUCAACCUUGCUGUGUUCAUCAAUUUAGCAGUUGCUCUGUUCUACCCUUUUGGAGAUGAUGGAGAUGAAGGCACGCUCUCACCGCUGUUCUCCGUGCUCCUCUGGAUAGCAGUGGCAUUUUGCACAGCAAUGCUGUUUUUCAUCUCCAAGCCUGUUGGCAUUCGACCCUUUUUGGUGUCUGUUAUUCUCAGGUCUAUCUAUACUAUAGGGCUCGGUCCUACCUUGAUACUCCUUGGUGCUGCUAAUCUGUGUAACAAAAUCGUGUUCCUGGUGAGCUUUGUUGGGAACCGUGGGACUUUCACCCGUGGCUACAGAGCAGUCAUCAUGGACAUGGCUUUUCUCUACCACGUGGCCUAUGUCCUGGUCUGCAUGCUGGGCCUCUGUGUGCACGAGUUCUUCUACAGCUUCCUGCUGUUUGAUCUGGUGUACAGGGAGGAGACAUUGCUAAAUGUGAUAAAAAGUGUUACCCGGAAUGGCCGUUCAAUUAUCCUCACUGCAGUGCUAGCACUCAUCCUGGUUUAUCUCUUCUCCAUCAUUGGCUUCCUCUUCCUGAAAGAUGACUUCAUCAUGGAGGUUGACAGGUUGAAAAUCAGAACCCCUGCUGCAGGUAUUGGUGAAGUUCCCACUACAACCCUGACAUCAAUGAUGGGAGCCUGUGCCAAAGAGAACUGUUCCACGAGCAUCCCAGCUCUUAACCCAGGUGAAGAAGAGGAGGAUGGAAUAGAAAGGACCUGUGACACCCUGCUGAUGUGCAUUGUGACCGUGCUAAACCAAGGCCUGCGGAAUGGGGGGGGUGUGGGAGACGUGCUCAGAAAGCCUUCCAAAGAUGAGCCCUUGUUUGCUGCACGAGUUGUUUAUGAUCUUCUGUUUUACUUCAUUGUCAUAAUUAUUGUUCUCAACCUGAUCUUUGGAGUCAUCAUUGAUACAUUUGCUGAUCUCAGGAGUGAAAAGCAGAAAAAGGAGGAGAUACUAAAGACCACCUGUUUCAUCUGUGGACUGGAGAGAGACAAAUUUGAUAACAAGACCGUUUCGUUUGAGGAGCAUAUAAAGGCAGAACACAACAUGUGGCAUUAUUUGUACUUUAUAGUUCUUGUCAAAGUUAAAGAUCCAACUGAAUACACUGGCCCGGAGAGCUACGUGGCACAAAUGAUUGUGGAGAAGAAUUUGGACUGGUUCCCUCGGAUGAGAGCCAUGUCUCUGGUCAGCAAUGAAGGUGACAGCGAGCAAAAUGAAAUCAGGAACCUGCAGGAGAGGCUGGAGUCAACCAUGAGCCUUGUAAAACAGCUUUCCAGUCAGCUGGCUGAGCUCAAGGAGCAGAUGACAGAACAAAGGAAGAAUAAGCAGAGGCUGGGCUUUCUUGGAUCAAACACACCCCAUGUGAAUCAUCACAUGCCACCACCCUGAUACCACGGGGAGAAGCCGUGACUAGCCUUUCAUCAGUAUUCCUGCUUUAUUAUAGAAUAAAAAAACUGAGAUUGAGAGGAGUGAACAGUGCCUAUUGUUACAAAGUUAAAAACAACCAAGUGCCAAGAUGUUAAGUGGUUUAGCUCUGGGAACAAUUUGUAGCUGUUUUUUUUUUUUUUUCAUGGUUGAGAGGGACCACAACCUAGACUGUGAGCGAUACGAGGCAGCUCGUUUGUAUUUUCUGCCUGGCCCUGCCCUGCUCUGGGGCUGGCUGGGACAGAGGAUGGGACAGAGGCUGAGCCACAUCCUGGAGCCCCCCUCUCCCUGGAGCACUGGGAGAGCUGAGCUGAGCAGAAGAAGGAGAGGUGUUUAUUGAGGCAAACACGAGAGCCUGGCUCAGAAUCAAUAGGUCGUCCCUGGCUCACUUGCCAAAUAGCAACAUUAGUCAUAUUUGCUUGGCAUUUACUAUUUUUUAAUUACCAUAAAUAUGUCAGUCUGUAAGCAUGAUGUUGCUUCAAGUAACUUCUACCAGGAGGGAAAGGGGUAAAACCUCAAAAGGCUGGGGGAAGGAAGAAAAAAGAAAAAAAGAGGAAAAAAAUAGAAAAAGAGUUGCAAAGAGAAACAUUAACGCUUUUGAAUUUUAGCUGUCACCAUGCAAUUUCUUAUUUAUAACAUGGAGCACAAUGGAUCUACAGCUGUGGGAAUGUUAUGCACAUAACACUGACAACAUAACUGGAAGUGAUUUCUUUCUCCUGGCUUCAGAUGUUCUCUAUUAAUGUGGUUGUGAGGUUUCACAUACUGAAGAGUUAAACUGUGUUUUAAAUUCAAGUUCCAAUGGAGGAUUCAGGGGGGAAAAAAAAUUAUACCUGUAGUUUGAAGCAUGUAUGGGAUUUUAUUUUUUUAUAAAAAGCUCAGAAAUGUCUUUCUGUACAGAACUGUAAUGGUGUCAUUACCUUCCAUAAACUCAUCUUCAGCAAGAGUUGACUUGAGUAAAUAAACACCAUAUUCUGCCAGCUUUCCUGUGAGCUAAAGAUCGUGGCUUGAUGGUUUUGCCUGCCCUU